AUGAGGAACGUCUGCCAUAACAACAAUCGAAUGUUGGAGGGACUUGUGUCCAACAUGUUUGUGCGACUCGGGCUUCGGCCACGUCUCAGUCUCAUGGGAGUGAAGGUGUUUGCAGGCAUGUUGGACGUGGACGGACCUGGAGCUCAGCGGCUCAGAGAGACGUCUGAGAACCUGCACGUCCUCCAGCUGGACGUGAGGGACAGACACCAAGUAGAGACGGUGCACAGGGACAUCUGCUCUCAGGUGGGACACACAGGUCUGUGGGGUUUGGUGAAUAAUGCAGGAGUCCUCCAGUGUCCCAUGGACGCGGAGCUUCAGCCGCUGUCAGCAUGCAGACGCUGCUUGGACGUCAACUUCCUGUCAGCUGUCAACAUGUGUCAGGUCUUCCUCCCUCUGCUGAGACGAGCCGGAGGACGCAUCGUCAACAUGUCCAGCAUGGCAGACAUCUUUGGAACCAGUGAGGACGUCAGUCGCUACAGAGACGAGAUCCUGGAGGCGGCGUCUCCUGAAGCCAGAGAGGAUUAUGGGGACGCGUACAUCUCGUCCCUCCCCAGCGGUUUGUCCAGACUGUCCCAGCGGUCAGCGGAGGAUCUGUCCCCUGUGGUGGACGACAUGUGUCAUGCUCUGCUGUCCGUCCACCCCAAACCUCUGUACACCCCCGGACAGAUGGGAUGGUUGCUGCCGUUCGUCCACCGCCACUUUGACGUCUUUAUCAAGACUUUAACUAAAUACAGCGACUGUGAACCAGCGGGACUGAGGACGAGCUGAGACACCGUCCACACUCAAGUCCGUCCAGGUCUAACCCUCCCAGUUCUUAACAAUACUUUAAAAUAUAUCAUUUAUGAUAUUUAUUGUCAAUAAUAUAAAUGUUAUUCUUAAUGAUUUAUUGUAUUAGUCCGGAUGUGGAACAGUUAGAUUUGUAUUGACUCAACAGUUUGUUGUUAAAUAACUAUCUCUGAGCAGACUCUUAUUGUGAAAGACAGAACAAAAGUCUUAAAAUUCAAUCAAAUGAAUCUUGUUUUCUUUUUCUCUUGUUUUUCUCUUACUGUAAAUUAAUCAGUUGAAAUAAAGUUUUAAAAACGAGAGUUUAAUGAGUGAAAACAUUUGAACUCUUCCAGCUUCUCAAAGAUAAUCCACAAAAAAAAAUGGACAGGAUGUAUAACAUCCACUCGGCUGUAAAACACAACUAUGUCAAAAGACAUUUACAUGAAAUCACGUUUUGUAAGUUCAGUCCUGAGGUUUCAGAAAAAUUCUCUUUGUGUUCGUUUCCACGAGGUUUUGAUUGACGUCCUCGUCCGUCACUCGCUCACGCUUCUUCACGAACUUCCUCUUCAUGCUGCCGACCAGACUCUCGUACCUGAACGGUCCGGACGGGAAGGAAGUAGAAAAUGUACAUGACAGUACUUGAGUAAAUAUUGUUACCUCAGAGCCAUUUCUUCAUCUGUGACGUCUGCUGGCAUCCUGCUCGUCACCUCCUCUUCCUCAGCUGGGCCUUCGUCGCUCGGGUUCAUCAACGUCAUCAGCUUCUGUGUCCGACAACCACAAACGUCACUCGGCCAUCCUCACACUUUUAUUUAGAAAAUAUCAACUUUACAAAUCAUCAUCCAUCAAUCGAACAUUUAGCGUUUGAGUUAUUAUUGCAGAUAAGUUUCAAAAAGAGGAAGAAGAGUCGUAGAAACUUGUUCCCGAUGUUUGAGUCUCCGACGCUAACGCCACACGAGAAGGAGAAGAGACAAACCUCCACGUCCGGGUUGAACCCUCUGAAGGACAUGCGGCCGAACUUCAGAUCUUCACACGGAACAAAACUCUUCUCCUCGAUGAUCAGAUUCCUGGGGGGGGCAGAACGUGACGUCAUGUUGCUGCCUCACAUCUCCCUUAAACAGGAAGUGACACCAGACUGUUUCCUGCUCCACUCCAUCACACACAUUACCAUGACAACAGCAGUGGAGAGUAACUUAGUAUUUUUACUCAAAUACCUGAGUACGUUUAG